GUCAAAAGACAGGCUACUCUCAGGCAGACACAGCAGUCUGACUAGAAGCGUGUCUAGGGCAGAUCACUUUACUUUUGAAAAGUCGAUUUGCCGGAUACCUUUCGCUCUUCUGGCCUAAAAGGCUUUCCGUGGGUCAGUGAUUUUGGAGUUAUUCUUUCCCCCCGUGUGGAAAGAUGCUUAUUCAACUGCUCUCUCUGGCCAUCGGCAUCUGGCUCUCCUUCUUGGUGGAGGAGAGCCAAAUUUUCUCUGAAAAGGAAUUGUGGGCCAGAAUCGGCUGGGAGAUUCUCCCAGAAGAAACACCCAAAUUGAAGCUUCCAAGUCCACCUCCACGAUACUGCCUGCCUUUUCCUCUGGAGAAAGUCUGUUGCAGUCUUUCUACUUUCAUUCGAAUCAACAACUCGAUGCUGUUCUUAUCUACGCUUGGGAUAAGCCUGACUCUUAUGGUGCUUUUCUGGACUGCAUAUCGUCGUUGGACCAAACGGAAGCGGGAUGUGGAAACGUCUGAGGAUGAACAUCUGCAGGGUCGGUCCAUCCCCGGAAUGGAGCAGAUUCUUGCAGAAUUACUGACUACUGUGGUCAUGUUGAAACGUCAAGUGGAAGAGAUGAACAAAAACAAUGGAAAAGGAAAGUGCAGAUGCAGCUACGCUGACAGAAAGGCCGAAGCAGAGGGAGAACGGCGGACCUCCCUCACCCUUCCCGUUUGCCCUCCCACUCCCCGGCCGAGCUUGGAGUCGGUCCACGCCAAACCGGGCUCUUGAAUGCCUACAAGUGUAUCGUUGAAAUUAUUUAUUGUGUAGUUUAUUGCUAAUAAAUUUUAGGUGGACUAAAUCUGA